AUGAAGCAGCCUCCCCCUCCACCACCAUCAGUGGCUGCAGCAUUUCCUCCUCUGGGGAGCCCUCUGGUGCUGCCUGCUUUCCCCAGCACAACUCUGGAGUCAAAAGGAAGAAGUUGUAAUUCCAGUGAGGCAGGCCCUUCCAGUGUCACUGUGGAAAUGGGGACAGGGGGAAGGCCAGUAGAGCUCCUACACAAUCAAAAAGCUAUUCUCAGUCAGGCUCCUCUCAUUCAGAGUGUCCCUACUGGGGCCUUGGGCCCAGUGGGCCCUGCUCCACUACCCUUGCUGGGUCCUGCCACCCAAGCUGCAGUGACUGUCCCCACCACUGCACAGAGGCAGGCUACCCAAGAAAGCUUGUGCAUGGGCCUACCCCCUCUAGCCAUACCACCAGAUUUCCACCAGGCUCCCGUCAUGCCUCAGGUUAGCCAGUGGGGACCCUGGCCACAGAGGCCCCGUGCAGCGGGCAGACUGCCCACAUCCCAGGCCAAGCUUCCAACCCCCAGCGUCUAUCAGAACUUUCGGCGCUGGCAGCAAUUCAAGACCUUGAUCUGGAAGAAACUUCCACAGACUCCUGAUGUGGAAGCACUUGCCUGCUUCUUCAUCCCAGUGCUUCGGUCCCUGGCCCGGCUCAAGCCUACCAUGUCCCUGGAUGAGGGCCUGUGGAGAGGCCUGCAGGAAUGGGAAGGCAUCAGCAAUUACGAACGCAUGAGCUACCACGUGAUGGCAGCCAAGUUCAUGGAAUUUGAGGCUACAGAGGAGAUGGAGAAUUCAAAGUUGCAGGAGAUGAUGCAUUUUCAGGGCCAGCCUCCUGCAGUCCCAUUGAAGCCAGAUUCUCCAAGGCCAUCAUCCCUUGACAUUCUCUUGCAGCCAGAUAGCAAUUACAGCAAGACCAGCCUCAAGACUCAGCGGGCCCAGCCAUCAGCACCCAGAGUUCAGAGGCCACCAGAGACAAACACAUCCGAGGAGAUCCCACCUGAAGCCGUGGAGGAGUACAUGGCCAUCAUGGACUGGCUGGAGGGCCUUCCAGAACUCUCCACUCACAAGUCUCAGGGAACAUCCAAAGAGGCGGGAAUGGAGCAACAGCAGAAUGCCGAUGACAUCUGCUCAGACCCAGAGCUCCUGAGCCUCAUUGACCAGCUCUGCUCUCAGGAGGAUUUCAUAUCAAAUGUGGAGGCCAUCAUUCAUCCCACAUUCCUGGAAGGAUUGCUUUCCUCCAAACCACAGCUGGAUCUCGUGGCCCUAAUUGAGGAGCUGGAACAGGAAGGACUCACCCCUGACCAGGUGGAUGCAAAGCCAGUAACUAUUAAUUUCCUCCAACAGAUAGUGGAGAAACAUCUUGGGGCACCUCGAGUAGCUAGAAAUGACCAGAGCCAUCAACACGGAGUCAGUGUAGAUACCAGCACUCUACAAAUCAUUUCCAAUGAUGAUCAGAGCCAUGGUGGCACCAGUACAGAGCAGCUGAUGUCUGAUGCUGCUGUUCUCCUCCAGGGGGGUCAGGGGUCUCCUUCAGUGGGAGCCACCCUGCCCACUGCUUCUCCUCAUGGACAUGGAUCCCAUCCCCAGCAUCUGGGUUCUGGAGAUGCAGUGAAUCCCAUGGGAAAGCCUCCCACUGGGACUCCCUGCAAGCUAGCAGGGAACAGGAGGGUGGACAAGGAAGGUAUCCCCAGCCUGACUUCCUUGCUGGGCUCUGAGUACAGUCUCCUACCCUGGGGAAUAUCACAGAGCCCCAAAUCCUCCACCAUUUUCCUCUGCUCUGGACACCAAGCCCUCAGGCCUUCGUUGCCCAAGAGAAGAUGCCAAAGCGUGGGUCCUCCUCCACUUGCCAAGUCCAAGAAAAGGGCUCUCAUUGGAGCCUCAUGCAUCCUGGUAAAGCAAUCCCACCCAGGGCCUUGCCUUGAGGGGUCUGCAAAGCAGGACUUGGCUUUAGGGCUGAUUCAGCCCUCACUGCCUCGGAAGAGAAAGGGUGAAGCAUUGGAAGGUCAGAAGAAGAGAAGAAAGAAGAAAAAGCAUUGA